UUAGACCGGAGGAAUACAGCUGUGGAGCAUGCGACACGUAUUUUAGAUUAAUUCGCAUAUCCGCCUGUUACCCCCUCGACCUGAUUUGAUCGAUUAGGAGGAAGAUCUCAUCUAUCAACUUAUCUGCAUGUAUUCAAGGACAAGAUGAAGCAUAUAGUGAAGAUCUUGAGCCUGUUGUUGGCAGUCUCUGCCUUCUGGAUUGGUCUUCUGCAGGCUGCAAUCAUUCAUCCAGGCUAUAAUACAUGGUUGCUACCCAUCUACUUUGUAGUAUCUCUCGGAUGCUAUGGUCUAUUAAUGGUUGGUCUCGGCCUAAUGCAGUUUCCUACCUGUCCCCAAGAAGCACUUCUCUUGCAGCAUGAUAUUGCCGAGGCCAAGGACUUCUUCAAGCACAAAGGGGUCGAUGUCGGAUCUGACUGAUACAAUAGGCUUGUUAACGACCAAACGUUAGAAUAGUCAUGGCAAGAGAUCCUGAAUGUGCCGUUUGAAAGAUUGAAUUAAACAGUGUUUCCUGAUCGUUACCGGAGGAAAGUAGCAAACGCACAUAAAGCAAAAACAACCGCUAAUAAUAUUUCAUGUUUCUUUUGCU